CAGGUGUGCGUAAACCUUUUGCGCAGCCGAACGCGGAAGGGGAAUAGCCGCUUCCUACGUAUUUUUCGCUGUGAUUUUUUUCCGAGGGGGUGGGCCAGAUCCUCGGGAAAAUGCUGCCUCCGUGUAGCUGCUCUCCGUGUCGGGGUUCGGGAGUUGUCCGGUUGUGAUGGCACACACACACGGGCUACGGCGUGAAAUGGCUCGUGUGGUUCGCGGGGCUGCCGUCCUCCGCGGGGAGGAAUAACCACGCCGAGCUCGCGCGGAAGGGACGUGGGAAUGAUCCACGCUCCGAGCAGCCGACGACGUGUUGCCGUUUAGCGGAGAACCGAGCCGCCAGUCCCCGGAGGAAGGAGGCUUCUCUCUCUUUUUUUUUUUCCUUUUUUCUCCAGAACGGCCGCGUUAAUGAUUCUUGAUGUUUGAAGCCGGACCGACACCGGGCGGAUAACCGAGGAGGCUCCGGGGCUCUGGUGUCUCUGGCUCCAUUCAUCUCUCUCGCUGUAAUGACGUCUGCACGGCUAUUUUAAUUCCAUCCGUGAGACCCAUCUGAGAACUGAUCCAGCCGAACUGCCGAGCCGGUGUCCGCGGGAGGGAGCGACGCUGAGGCGGGAUAUGGGAGAGAGAGCGGAACCGAUGCAGCGGGUCUUGGCACGGCAUCGUCAAAAUACAGGGCAGUGAUGCCUGGAAUGGUGAUGUUUCGGCGGCGCUGGUCAGUUGGCAGCGAUGACCUGGUGCUGCCCGCCCUCUUCCUUUUUUUAUUACACUGCAUCUGGUUGGUGGUUCUGUCCGUGGUUCUGUUCGGCCUGCCGUACGGCUCGGACCAGUCCUGCUCUGUGACGCUGGUGGACCAUGGCCGAGGGUACCUGGGCAUCCUGGUCAGCUGCCUCAUCUGUGAGAGCGCCAUCAUGUGGCUGAGCAUGAGGGGCAGCAUUCUGUACACGCAGCCCAGGGAAGCUGUGCAGUACGUCAUCUAUAUACGACUCGCCAUCCUGUUGGUUGAGCUCGUAUACGCCGUGGUAGGAAUCGCCUGGCUCGUCCAGUAUUACCAGCCGUGCUCUGAUGUCACUGCCAAGAACUUGGCUUUGGGAAUCGUGGCGUGCAACUGGCUGGUGAUCUUCAGCGUCUGCAUCACGCUCAUGUGCACCUUUGAUCCUACGGGUCGGACUUUUGUCAAACUGAAAGCGACCCGUCGGCGUCAGCGUAACCUCACCACGUACACGCUCAGACACAGGCUAGAGGAAGGCCAAGCCAGCAGCUGGAGCAGGAGACUAAAGUUCUUCAUGUGCUGCACAAGAGCCCAAGAUACACAAUCAGAUGCGUAUUCAGAAGUGGCCAGCCUUUUUGCGGAGUUCUUCAGAGACCUGGACAUUGUGCCUAGUGAUAUUAUUGCGGGCCUGGUGCUUCUCCGCCAGAGACAGAGGUCCAAGAGAUCGUCUAUCCUGGACCAGGCCAACAAUGACAUCUUAGCCUUCUUAUCAGGAAUGCCUGUCACUCGAAACACUCGAUACUUGGACCUGAAGAACUCGGCUGAGAUGAACAUGUACAAAGACGUGUGCUAUUACAUGCUCUUUGCCCUGGCUGCAUACGGUUGGCCCAUGUACCUGAUGAGGAAGCCUGCCUGUGGGCUGUGCCGCCUCGCCAGCUCCUGCCCCUGUACAUCAGUGUCUGGCUCUCGCUUGUCUCAGUCUGUGACGGUGGAGGAGGACAACUGCUGCGGCUGUAACGUCCUGGCCAUACGUAGACACUUCCUGGACAGGGAUCUCAAGCAGGUCCACAUUGUCUACACAUCCUGCCACGAUGCUGUUUAUGAGACUCCGUUUUUUGUGGCCGUGGAUCACGCGAAGAAGAAAGUCGUCAUCAGUAUCAGAGGAACGCUUUCGCCAAAGGACGCCCUGACUGAUCUGACGGGCGACUCGGAGCGUUUGCCCGUGGAGGAGCAGCACGGGACUUGGCUCGGCCACAAGGGAAUGGUUUACUCAGCAGAAUACAUUAAGAAGAAACUGGAGCAGGAAAUGAUCUUGUCACAAGCUUUUGGAAGAGACUUGAGCAAGGGCACCAUGCACUAUGGGCUGGUGAUAGUCGGCCAUUCUCUGGGUGCAGGCACUGCUGCUAUCCUCUCCUUCCUGCUGAGACCUCAGUACCCUACACUUCACUGCUACUCUUAUUCUCCACCUGGUGGCCUUCUGAGUGAGGAUGCCAUGGAGUACUCCAAAGAGUUCGUCACGUCUGUGGUAUUAGGAAAAGACCUGGUGCCGAGGCUGGGCCUGUCACAACUGGAGGGUUUCCGACGCCACCUUCUGGAAGUCUUACAGAAGAGUAACAAGCCAAAGUGGAGGAUCAUCGCGGGAGGCACUAAAUGCAUCCCGAAGUCAGAGCUUCCACUAGAGGAUGAUGAUCCUCAGUCUCAGCCGGCAGCUCCCCCCAGCAGCCGCCUGUGGCUGCAUCCCAGUGACCUCAGCAUCGCCUUGUCAGCCUCCACACCCCUCUUCCCUCCUGGCAGGAUCAUCCACGUGGUGCACAACCAUCCUCCAGAGACGUGCUGUGGGCAGGAGGAACCGACCUAUUCAGCCCUAUGGGGGGACAACAAGGCCUUCAACGAGGUCAUAAUCUCACCCGCCAUGCUUAACGAGCACAUGCCCCACAUGGUGAUGGAGGGCCUGAACAAGGUUCUGGAGAACUAUAACAAAGGGAAAACCGCUCUGCUGUCCGCUGCCAAGAUCAUGGUGAGCCCCACAGAAGUGGACUUGAACCCAGAGAGCAUGUUCGUGGACACGUCGGCCACCUCUCAGCAGCCGACGCCUACGACCCACCACCGCAGGAACAGCAGCGUUCGUUCGUGUGCCCAGUCUGAAAUCUCUCUGGACGGUUUCUCUGAGUGCCCUCCUCCCCCAGUGCCUGUGGUGCUGCGUGGAGCCCGGGAGCGCCUGGCGGUGGAGCUGAGGGACCGCAAAGCGCCGCUGGCCGUCAUGGAGAGCCUCUCAGACGCCGAGUCCCUCUAUAGUCUGGACUCCCGACGCUCCUCAGCUGCGUUACGGGGUUCGCCGAUGCUGGGUAGCCUCCCGUUCCCUUUGGACGCCCCCAUCCCGGAGGAGAACCCGUCUCUCAGCUCUCGCACUGAACUGCUGGCCGCAGACUGCCUCUGCCAGGACACGCCAGAGCACCUGGGGGAGGUCGGGCCCUUCUUUACCCCAGUGGAAUCCAGAUCCACCCCAGAUUACCCCAUGCGCUUGUCCCCCGCCACGCCUCGCUACAGCGGACACCAUUCCCCAGCUCUUCUGAACCAGGGUGUCAUGGCUCAGAGUUACAAGCCAGAGCCCAACGCCAGCCCAAAAAUGCUUCCUGAUGGGGAUCACCAACAGAUGCCCGGCGUCUACAGCCCAGGGAGCACCCCCAUCGCUCCCCUGAGCCCGCAGAUCGGUUCCAGACCAGUGGAUAGAGAAAAGGAAGACUGGGAGCUGGACACAGCAGAGAAACAGUUAGGUGCAGAGACAACAGCUUCGACUCCUCCGCCCCAGCUAUCCAACGGAAACCCCAGCCAGGCGGUGCUGGAGUUCGCCCAGUACUUAGACUCUCUGUUCAGGCUGGACGGCAGCAGCUCGCCGCCCCUGGAGCUGUCUGACGGGGAGUCGGAGUCUGGCCGGGGCUCCUUCGGCCAGGGCGAGUGUCUCGGAGAUGGACAGCAGUUGGACGACAAACAGCUUCUGGCCAGAGCGACGCUGGAGCCCAAUCUGGUCCCCAAGCCCCCACGCACUUUUGCUGGAUCUGCCGACCCCUCCUCGGGCAUCUCUUUGUCCCCUUCCUUCCCUCUCUCGUCGUCCGAGGAGCUCAACGACCUCUCCCCCAGCGAGGGCGCGCCGCCAGCCAUCCACUCCCUACGAACAUCUAGCCCUUGCCACUGUCCCGAGGAGAACACGCUAUCGUCGAUGGUGUAGUGCGCUCCGCCCGUCUCCUUCGCUCUGAAUGGCGAGGUGCAGUCAUCCAAAUCUGAAAACAUAUCACAGUACAUGCAUGCAGUGGAAUGCAGUCACUCAUCAGAGAUCCAACGACAGAACCUGACCGACCAAGUCACAAACUCGAUCCAUUCUUCAGGUGUCCCCUCUGAACUCUGUUUAUAGCAUUUUCACACUAUUGCAAUGACUAAGAAAAAACAAAACAAAAAAAGAUACCUCUCUCUGCAUGCCAGGGGGCUGUGCUGCUUUUGGGUGAAUAUAAAUAACUGUAGCUUCACAAUGCCAUUCCAAAACGAUGUGGGGACGCAUCCGCAUUACAUCGAUUCCCUGACUUGACAAAAAUCAAAGGGAGAAUAUUUAACUGAGCAGGGAUUCAACAAACUCACACUGUAGAAGAGGUUAGCAUAGGCACAUCAUCUGGGUUGAUGUACGACUUCCUGCGCCCUCAGCAGCUCCGGAAACUUGUCCAGCUUUUCGUUUUAUUUUAUUUUUUUAAAUCAGGAAUGUGAAGACGGACAUAUUUGUUAAUAAAAGCCGACGCGAGAAGACAUUAAGAAACGUUCCUCAGGUCCACAAAGAAUCGACUUUGAGAAAGAGAGUCAGUGUGUUGCAUUGGUGAGAAUCCAUGUGUCUUAAACAUUUAGUGAUUGUGACAAAGUUAUUACAGAUGCCUAUGGAUGUUUUUGAGUCUUUUGGUUACUCUUUAUAGUGCAUGAAGACUUUUUUUUAUUAUUAUUAUUAUUAUUUAUUCUUGAAGAGAAAUCGUCACUAAGCCACUUAGAUCGACGUUUGGUUCCUCUUGCACACGUCAUUUUGCUCAACUUACCCCCUUUGCCAAAAAAAAUCAAACAUUGUCUUGCCAAAUGUAUUUAUGAGAUGUAAUUUUGUAUAUGUAUAUGGAUAUUGCUUUAUUUAAACACAAGCUAAGUUCAUGAUCUCCUUCCCCGGCCAUUCUGUCGGUUCCCACGUAGACUGUUACACAGCAGCGCCACAGAACACGUGUCCCCGGUGACAUGGAAACACUGCCAUGGCUUUCACUUCAACUACAACCUCUGCACAUUGGGUUUCGAACAAAUAAGGAACUUGCUAAUAGUUGUCCUACUCUCAUAGAUACUGUACAUUUUUUCUCUUUGGAGAGCUCUUAGCAAUGUGCCCAGGUCAGAAUCUGCAUGUUUUAUGCAUUUCAGAGUAGCAUGGCUGGUAUAGAACAAGUCUUGUCAUUAAGCCACAGUGAAUAAGCUGUAAACGUGUCCAGAAAUGAUCAUCGUGUAGAAACUCCAGCUUUCUGAGAGGCCCAGGUCACCAGACAGGACCCGACCACGUAUCCUGAAGGUGUCCCCCGGAUGUCAUUUCUCUUGUUCUGAAGGUGCUCUCGGCCGUUCUGGACGUCGAGGUGUUUGCUUCCCUUUAAUCUGGUUCAUCUCAAACAUCCUUGAGGUUGGACUGAGCGACUAAACGGGCUCGAACAUUACGUACGCCGACUUUAAACCCUGUGCGUGGCGUACCAUCUUUCCGACCACUCUGGGUGUAACAGGUGGCUCACAGUUUGCAUUAUUUAUUCUGGUUAAUGUUGUUCUCACUUUUAUUGCUAUAUUUUAUGGUAUUAUUAUCCUUAUUGCUCUUGCAACAGAUUGGUUUGAUGUCAGUGGUUUUUAUCUCAGUUUUUAGGACAGCUACGGGAACUUUUUUCCCCAAAUGUAAGGAGUUCUGUAUUUCAGCUUUUUUUCUGUCCGAGUGGAAAAGUAUUUGACAUUCUGCCAUGGCAUGGUGACAAUAUGCUUUUUUUGCAAACGUGUCACGGCGGAGCGACGGCCUUCUCACGGAGACCUUUGGUGCAGCGCCACCGCCGGCCGAGCCUGGAGUCACCAGAGCGGUCUGCACGCUCUCUCUAAUUGGAAUAAGAUUUGCUGUGGUUACUCACAGCAGACAGUUCCAGCCAGUUUACAGUCUGACACUACUCACACGGCGCUGCCAGGCCCAGUAGAUGCACUGAGGUUGAGCCAGCAAUUUCCUACAUUCAGUAGCUUCGCUUGCAGUUGGUCACACACACACUAAGGAAGUACUUUCCACCACGAUGUGUACAGCACCAUCUUCUAUGUGUAAUUAUUUAUGCAGAUGUCUAAGAAAAAAAGAGAUUAAUUCCAAUAGAGUCAUGUAGAAAACAACUAUAUAACAAUAAGGAGAUAAUGACUAUAUUAAAAGAUAUCAGUAUCGACAUAUAGAAAAAAGAAUAUUUCAUCUGAAAGAUAUUUAUUCAAACUAUUGGCAGAUUUACAAAUUGGUCUAUACUGAAAGAAAUAAUUCAACUAUGUCUUGUCCAUGUUUACCUGGUUUGCUUCCCUCCUUUCCUGCCCCACAAUGAGAAUGUAUUUAACCCCUGCCCCUCACUGCCCUGCCUGUAAUGGAAUAAAUUACAAACUAUGGAAAACAAA